GUGUUGCUCAGAUUUCUCUUCAAACUUCGCUCUGUUAUUUUGAUAUUCCUGUCUCGCAAUCUUUGCAGCAUUUCCUUUAUGGAAUAAUCAUUUGACAUAUGAUUUACUACAAUUAUCAGUACGUGUAUUUUUACCUGGCAAAGUCGCAAAGAUCAACAUAAGUCUAUUUUCAAUCCUGUGACUAAUUUGCUGCUUACGGCUCCUGAAAGCCCGAAGGGGGGAAACGGUCACUGGCGCUUCAAUUGCCAGUGGGUGAGCGCGAGGGAGCACUGGGUUGUCUCCAGUUUCCUCGAAACUCUACACACCACAGUCCGUGGUAGAGUAAAAUGAAACAUCUUUGGCUUCACACCCUGACCUUCUUGCUGAUUGUCGAAACAGUCAAAACAGGAAAUAAGAAAUUUUACCAGGGGCCAUGUGAAGGAAGAGACUGUAGUCAGGGCUGCAAAUGUAUCCCAGAGAAAGGAAGUCGGGGUCGACCAGGGCCACUUGGGCCUCAGGGUCCCAUGGGUCCCCCAGGACUGCUAGGACCAGAAGGUAUACAAGGACUGAAAGGAGAGCGAGGAGCACAUGGACCCCCUGGACAGCCCGGAGCAAAAGGAGACAUGGGUCCAAUGGGAGUUCCAGGAUUUCCAGGCAGUAAUGGCGUUCCAGGUCACCCUGGGCAGCCGGGUAUUCGAGGACUUCCAGGUUUGGACGGCUGCAAUGGCACCAAUGGGGAAGAAGGAUUUCCAGGCGUAACAGGCUCUCCAGGGCCUCCAGGAUUCCCGGGUCCAUUUGGUCCAAAAGGUCAAAAGGGUGAGCCUGCUGCAUUUCGACCAGUCACAGGACCACAGAAGGGUGAACCUGGCAUACCCGGAAUUAAUGGAGGUCGUGGUGAAACUGGUUUUCCAGGAAUGCCAGGUCCUGCUGGCCCUUAUGGACUACAGGGUCCUCCAGGUCUCCCUGGUCCACCAGGCCCACCAGGAGAAAAAGGUAACAUGGCCGUUGGCUUUGAAGGGGAAAAAGGAGACAAAGGAGAUACAGGUCCUCCAGGUCCUCCUGGCCCAGAGUAUGUCUCAGGGGACAUUUUCACCUUUACAAGUACAGGUUUUCUAAAAGGAGAAACAGGAGAUAAGGGUGAGCCAGGGGACACAGGUCUAAAAGGAGAACAAGGUUAUCCUGGACUUUCAGGUCCAUUGAUUGGUAUAGUAGAAAAAGGAGAAAAGGGAAUUCCAGGUUUGCCAGGACCUCGGGGUUUUCCUGGAUCGGAUGGAUCGGAUGGAUUUCCUGGAAGACCGGGUCUGAAAGGACAGCAGGGGAGCCCUGGAUAUAAUGGAUAUCCUGGACAGAAGGGAGAAUUGGGAGCAAUUGGCCCACCUGGUUUACCUACAUACUUAGACAUAGCCAGGUCAACAAAAGGCAUUGUAGGUGAUCCAGGUGAACUAGGAUUUCAAGGUGUUAGAGGAGAAGUUGGACCAAAAGGUUCAGUAGGUCCAGAUGGUGCACCAGGCUUUCCAGCACCCUUUAGAGGACCCACUGGACAACAAGGACCACAAGGCAUCCCUGGUUCCAAAGGAGAUGUGGGAGAUGAUGGAAUUCUAGCAACUGGAUUACCUGGAAUUCCUGGAAGUAUUGGAUUCCCAGGACUUCCAGGUCUACCUGGACCACCCGGAUCAAAUGGUCAAAUACCAAUACUUCCUCGAAUAGGUGAAAAAGGAGUGCCUGGAGAACCUGGUCUUGGAGGGCAGCCAGGUUUUACCGGACCUAAAGGAUAUAAAGGUGAUGUCGGUGACUGUGCAUGCAUUAGUGGAGAACCAAUACCUGGGCCCCUGGGUCAGCCAGGUCCAGCAGGAUUUCCUGGCAGAGUUGGCUUCCCAGGAGCCAAAGGAGAACGUGGAUUACCAGGCCUUUCAGGUCGACCAGGCCUUCAAGGACCUCCGGGUUCAAAUGGUGUCAUACAUGGUUUUCCAGGUCUUAAAGGAGAAAAGGGAGAUCCAUCGUUUUCCACUAUAAAAGGUAGUCGUGGUGAUCCAGGAGAAAGGGGAUUGAAUGGCCCCAUAGGGUUUCUAGGAAGACCUGGCAAAGAUGGAACUCCUGGCUUACCAGGCCGUCCAGGACCUCUUGGUGAUAGUGAACAAGGUAUUCCAGGAGACAAAGGUUUUCCAGGCCUGCCAGGUUCAAGAGGCAGACAAGGUGACACAGGUUUUCCAGGCAUUGGUUUCCCAGGAUCUCCUGGCUUCCGUGGAAUCCCAGGUGAUCCAGGAUCAGAUGGUUUACCAGGAAAGAAAGGGCCCCCUGGCCCAGCAGGUGGCUGCUGCUGUGAUCUGAAGCUUGUUAAUGGAGACUUAGUCACAGAGGGAGGUGGCACAUUGCCCUGUGUGAUCAUAGGACCACCCGGCCCACCUGGACCCCAAGGUUCACCAGGAGUUACAGGCCCUAAAGGAUACAAAGGCAGUGCUGGUUUUCCGGGGCAAGCUGGUUUUGAUGGAGAGAAAGGUGAACGUGGAUCUCCAGGAACACACGGGUUGCUAGGACCAAAAGGAUUUACUGGGAUACGUGGUGACAUGGGUCGUACUGGCAGACCAGGUUUGGAAGGGCCUGAAGGUCCCCCAGGAAUACCCGGAACUCCUGGAUUCCCAGGUAUUAAAGGAGCCCCUGGUGAAGUAUAUGGAGCAGAGCCUGGCACUUCAGGACCACCAGGCCAGCCUGGACAAUAUGGAGACAAAGGUUUCCCUGGAGAUACAGGCAUUCCAGGACAGAAAGGUUUUGAUGGAAGAUCAGGCAUACCAGGUACAAAAGGUGAGCAGGGUAACCCUGGAUUCCCUGGUUUGCCAGGAUUAAAAGGAACACAAGGAUAUGGAGGUCCACCUGGACUUGCAGGAAGACCAGGUCCUGCAGGAGUACCUGGAUUCCCUGGAUUCCCAGGGCCACCUGGACUGAAGGGAUUGAGAGGUGAUGCGGGGUCCCCAGGUCCUGCUGGCAUGAAAGGUCUUCCGGGUUUUCCAGGAUUUGCAGGUGUUCCAGGACAAAGAGGACUGCCAGGUCAGACUGGCUCUCCUGGACAGAAUGGACUGCUUGGUAGUCCUGGAGCAAAAGGUGAUAAGGGGUUUUCUGGAGUAAGAGGAUUUCCUGGUAUUCCUGGCCAUCCUGGAUUUCCAGGUGCAAGUGCACUGAAAGGACUUUCAGGAGAACAGGGAAGAUAUGGCCAAACUGGAGAACCUGGGCGUAAAGGUGAAAAAGGUCAACGAGGUGAACAGGGACCUCCUGGAAUUGUUCCCACUGUGAUUUCUCUUGCCAUGAAGGGUGAGAAGGGAGUUGCUGGCCCUAGUGGACAACCUGGUUUCACUGGAGAACGAGGUGAUAAAGGUUUUUCUGGACCAUCUGGUCCUCCUGGCUUGCCAGGUCUAACAGGUCUGCCUGGGAGUUCGAAAGGCUCGCAAGGUGAUCCAGGUUUCCAAGGUCUUCCAGGGAGGCAAGGUGCCCCAGGGGAAGUAGGAGUGAGUGGUAUCACUGGAUUUCCAGGAAUUGCAGGGCAAAAGGGCGCAUAUGGGCUUCCAGGUCCACCAGGGCUCCCAGGUUCACCAGGCUUUCCUGGACCAAAGGGUGACCAUGGUGACAUAACUGGUAUUCCAGGCCCACCAGGGAGGAGGGGAGAGCCCGGGCAGCCAGGAUUUCCAGGUGAUAGUGGCAGGAGUGGUUUACCAGGUGACUCAGGCUUCCCAGGAACUUCAGGCUUUCAAGGGUUGAAAGGGGAGCCAGGAAACUUUGGGAGACAAGGACCAGCAGGAUUACCAGGUUUACCAGGAACUCCAGGAAAAAUUGGGUUCCCAGGAUCUCCAGGACUACCAGGUCCUCCAGGACUUCCAGGUCCUACUGGUGGUUUUGGUUUGAAUGGCUUCCCAGGACCUCCUGGUCUGCAUGGGUUGAAUGGACUGCCGGGCCCCAAAGGACCACCAGGAACUCCAGGCUUUUCUGAAAGUGCACCUCCAGGGCUCUCAGGACCCCUUGGUUUCAAGGGUGAGAAAGGAUUGCAGGGAGUAACUGGAGCACCAGGAUCUUUUGGUCCAAAAGGAUUACAGGGAGAUACAGGAGAUGUUGGCCCAGUAGGCUUUCCUGGACUGCGUGGCCCUCCAGGAAUUUCAUUCCCUUCUAACAUAAUUGGAAAGCCUGGAGAUCCUGGACAACCUGGUCAGGAUGGUGAAGCAGGUUUUCGAGGCCCACCAGGUCCACCUGGUCCUCCUGGUUUAUCUAUCAAUCAAGGUGACAGAGGUGAUCCUGGCAUCCCUGGUGUACCGGGCAGCAAAGGUCUGACUGGUGACCGUGGACUUCCUGGUCCACCUGGAGUUCCUGGAGCUCCUGGACUUAAAGGUCUGAGAGGUGAACCUGGUCAGUCGGGACUUCCAGGCCGCAAAGGAUCUCCUGGUGACCUUGGCCUUCCUGGGAACAAAGGUGAACCAGGACUUCCAGGCUUUCCUGGAUAUCCUGGCCUUCCAGGUCCACCUCACGUACCUGUAAUUAGCCCAGGCCCUCCAGGCAUCCCAGGUCUUCCAGGAAUUAAUGGUCUGGAAGGUGAAAUAGGAUCACCUGGACCACAGGGAGCACCUGGUCAGAAAGGACCAAAAGGCUUUCCUGGGCGAGCAGGUGAAGCAGGAACCCUGGGAGCACCUGGUUUCCCUGGCAGGAUAGGAGAUACGGGCCUACCUGGUAUUACAGGACCCCCUGGAUAUAAAGGUCCUCCAGGAAGGCCAGGCCCAGCAGGUCGUCCAGCAAUGCCUGCUCGUGCUGCAAGUAUUGGCUACACAUUGGUGAAGCACAGUCAGUCAGAGCAAGUCCCACAGUGUCCCCUAGGAAUGAGCAAGCUGUGGGAAGGAUACAGUUUACUCUAUGUAGAAGGGCAAGAGAAGGCACACAAUCAAGAUCUGGGUCUGGCUGGAUCCUGUUUACCUCGCUUUAGUACUAUGCCAUUCAUCUACUGUAACAUCAAUGAGGUGUGUUAUUAUGCAAGUAGAAAUGAUAAAUCUUAUUGGCUUUCCACCUCAGCUUCUAUUCCUAUGAUGCCAGUGGAGAGGUUGGAGAUCAGGCAGUACAUUAGUCGCUGUUCUGUUUGUGAAGCUCCUUCUCAGGCUGUUGCUGUUCACAGCCAGGACAUUACUAUCCCAUCUUGUCCAGUCGGUUGGCGAAGCUUGUGGAUUGGUUACUCUUUCCUUAUGCACACAGCUGCUGGUGCUGAAGGAGGGGGCCAGUCUUUAAUGUCACCUGGAUCCUGCUUGGAAGAUUUCCGUGCCACGCCAUUUAUUGAAUGUAAUGGUGCCCGUGGAACCUGCCAUUAUUUUGCCAACAAGUAUAGUUUCUGGUUGACAACAAUAGAUCAGAACAGUCAGUUUUCAAAUGCUGCUCCUCCUUCUGAAACCUUGAAAGCUGGACAACUCAGAACUCGAGCCAGUCGCUGCCAAGUGUGCAUGAAGAACUUGUAGUAAUGAACCGUGAAUGAAGACUUGAUUCUCAAGUGUAUGCAGUUUAUUUCUGGAGCAUGAAAAUUAAUCUAGGAUUAUACAAUAACUGCAGCUUUGACAGUGAGUCUGCUAAAACUGUUGUCUGAUUAACAGUGGGGGGGGGGGGUUACUCAUGUUGGUGUUACAAUUAAUUGAUUCAUUUGGCAAUUUUGGUAUUUUUGGCUACCUCAGAAAAUGUUCAGUGUGUACAACACCAAAAAGGGCUUCUUUGGGGUAGAGAGAAGCAAUUAUAGAACAUAACUGGUGCUAUAAUAUUUGACAGCCACUGACAAAAUGUAGCAAAAAUACCAAAAGAAGGUCCAGGACUGUCGUGCCAUGAAAGCAGUAACUCAAAAGAUGUAUGCAUGGUCUUUGAAAAGAAAUGCAUCACUAGGUUUUGUGUUUGUGAGGAUCUUAUGGGGAUAUAGAUUAUAUUAUGUCAUCAAACUGAACUGAGGGCUGAGAUUAUGAAGUGUAUGUUGAUAAAAAAAACUGUUUAUAACUACACUGCUUAGAGUCAGGCUUAGAGAAGAUCGAACCACAGACAAAGGUUGUGGGGAAUUCUUAAAAAUCAGAGUGAAAAAAGCUUUACAAUAUUCCCAUAAAAUGCUCGACUCAGCCGAGUGACGUCUACAGGCGUUUCUGCAGUUACCUCCUACUGUUCCUCCAAGUGUCAAAUAUUGCCUGUUCAUAUUUGCAUUAAGAAUUCCAAAACCAUGCUACACAC